AUGUCUACCACUACUACUAUUACCGCUACUUCUACUACAAAUACUACUACUGACACUACUACUACUGCUACUACUACUACUCACACUACUACUACUACCACUACUGAUACCACUACUACUACUCACAGUGCUACUACUACUACUACUACUACUAUUGUG